CACUUCCAGGGACAUUCCAGUGCCUGAGCACCUUCACAGAGAAGAAUUUCUUCCUGAUAUAUAAUCUAUACUUGCCUUUCGUCAGUUUGAAGCCAUUCCCCCUUGCCCUAUCACUCCAUGUCCUUGACCAAAGCCCCUCUUCAGCUGUUUUGUAGCCCCUUUAUGUACUGGAUUUUGCAUAAGAUUGGCAAAUAAUGCUUGAAAGAACAGAACCAAUGAAGUCACCACAACAUAAACUACCUUAAAAUUACCUAUAGCUGAACUGACUUGCCCUAUAGGUCUCCAAUAUUGCUGGAAGGGGCAGCAGUUUUCCUGUAGCAGAUAUAAAUGCAUGACAAUGACAAGAAGGAAAAAUAAUUUUAUACAGCAGCAACAGCCACUGAACACAGUCUGAGGCUGCUGGGCUCUACUUUUAAGGUAAAUGUAUCUUCCCUGCUUGAACAAUGUGCAAACAUUUCUUGGAUCAUCUUCCUAUAUCAAAAUUACUGAGGGAAUUAACUGGUGAAAAUUGUGAGUGCUUCUACAGGUUAACACACAGGAUCAGAUACUCAACCAAACCCAUUCACUGUAAAAAACGAGAUUCCUCUAACCACGACAUGUAAUUUGAUUUACUGCUCUGGCAGAAAGAGGUGCUGGGUGGUAAACCCCAGCAUGCCAAGGCACAAUCUUGGGCUAUUAAUUCUUACUUAAGUCACUACUUGGCUUAAGUUGUUAUUGGCUCAUCCUUUCUCAACUUCAAAUUAAAGCCGUUGUGUCCCAAAAAAUCAUAGCCCAUGCUUGGUGAGUGGUGGUCUUUUUGUAGGGGGAAGUGUCUGAGCUGGGGUUUUUACCAUUAUAAGAAGCAAAAGUUCAUCACUAGGGCAAGUUGUCACUACAGAACCAGUCAAAAAUGGGGAUAUUUUAGUUCAUAAUCACAUAUUCUGGAUUAGAAGGGUGUUGUCUUUCUGUGUUUUUGCCCUUCAAGAACUUAGGCCAUCAAUUUUCUGUCUUCCACAUUCCUGUGAUUAUUGCUUCCAUUACUUAACUGCUUUGUUUGGAACUUUGUUAUUUGUUAUUCAUUAAGGUGGUGAGAGGCAAGCUAAUGUCUUUACAAACAAUUUGAAGGGUGAAGGUAUGGGGUUAACAUAUUUGAAAUGGGUCUCAAUGUCUGUACUACCUUUGAGCAGCAGGUUUGUUGCAGAGACCAGACAGCUUGGCUCCUGAAACAAACAAGUGUCUGCACAAGCCUGAACUUCUGAACUUUAGGGUAAAAUAGUAGGUUCAAGGGGGAAUAUGUGGUAGGCAGUUUGGGAAGGCUGUACCUUUUAAGUACCUCAGCCAAUGAGGAAAGGAAGAGGGCAACUUGCAGCUGAGAGUUGAGGAUAGAGGCUGCACCCUCCAAAACUGAGAGAGAGAAAACCCCAUGGGCUUGUGCCCUAGUGGACUCUGUCCCUUUAUUCGAAUAAAGUUUCAGGACUGCUCUGUCUCCUUUAUGGACAUAAACUUCUGGUGUUUGUGGAUUUUCCUGACAGUGGGAACUGGCAUGGGGGCACCUGUGUGGAAUCCCACUGGAGGUUGAAGGUCCACUUGCAUAGGUCCAAGAAGCUUAGUCCAUCUUUAGACAACACACAAUUAUGUCCGUUCAUAUUUAAGUUAUGAUAGUGAUUGAUUUGUGGCCCUGUCAAAAGCCAAGAUCAUUUGAACAAGCAGAAGCAGUAAUGAGCCAGAGCAGAAAUGAACCGGAGCCACAGACCAAUCAAACAUGGAAACAAGCUGGAGCCGAAAUGAAGCCUGGGAAGGUGAAACCAGCUUGGAGUCUAAAACAUGCUGGGGGCACGAACAAACUCUAUGAGCUGAACCUGAGACAAACUGGGGACAGAAACAAAUCACCUGAAGCUGAAAAUGAGGUGAAGCAGAUACUAGAGAGCGCCUUCCCCGAGCAGGAGACGCAAACUAACUGGAGUCACGAAGAACUGCGGCCGCCAGCUCCCCGCAGCAUCUCUGCGCAGGCUGAGCCCGGUGGGCGCUGGCAGGGCCGUACUGAGAGCAGGCAGCAUCAGCAUCGUUCUCGGUGCAGGCAUCCCGGCGUCUUCCUGGGGCAUCCACGCGUGGCGCGGCUCGCUCGGGCACGAGUGGCUCCGGACGUGGGCGGCUCGAACUGUUCUGCCGGGUUACAGCAGAGCCAGCGCGGGCCCGAAGGGUUCCUCUUGCCGGCAGUGGCCCUGGGAAAGAGCUGGGGAGAAGAAACCAGGCAAGUGGCCUCCCAGUGUCAACUGCUUCAGUCGUCCUUGGGGCGCCCAUCCUCCCCGCAACUUCCUCAGCUACCUGAUGAGCCGAUGUCACUCCAAAAUGCUCCAGGGGGUCUUUUCCAGAUGCCCCCUGGAGACCCAUUCCCUGAGCGGGUGACGGUAGUCUGGUUAUCAGUGCUGGCCCUCACCUUCGCCUUGGUUUGUGAACCCCAGGAGAAUCUAUCCUUGGCUGAGAUCACCCUGCGGCGCCUGGCUCCCCGCCUGCUCAUCUCCCUUCGCCUCCUUGGCCCUGGCGCUGACGUGCUGCUCCGUCCUGAUGCCGCUGAUAGCCUCCUGGAUCGUCUCCUGCCCCAUGGGCAGAUGCUUUUUCUCAAUGAACGUUUCCUGCAGGCAAUGGACCGAGAUAUGGGUAUCAAAACGUGGCGCUGAGCUACAGAGAUGACACUCCUGCCUACCACCCCCAGAUAUUUUUGUGGGAUGAGAGACAAGGGGGGGAAUGUGAGAUGAUUGCUAAACCCCAGUGGGAUGAAUAAGAAAUACAGUUCAGGAAUAAAGAGCAAUGAGCCAGCUAA